AUGUUCAAACAAAUAUUGAAAUCAUUAAUGACAGUUAUUUUAAGUCACACAGAUGGUUAUCUAGAUGACAAUAAUACGAAACCAAAUUCUUCAGAAAGUAGUAGAAUAUUUUUAUUGUCAUUAAUAGACUCUACAUCAUACAAAGAAAAUAACUCUGAGGAAUUGGAAAUCCACCAUUUAGAAAAUGCAAGUGAGGAGUUAGAUGAAAAUCCAAUAACAAUCUAUGAGCAAGACGAAGUUAAGAUUUUCAUUGAUGAAGUAGAAAAUGAAAGUAAUAUUGAUGCAUUAAUUGAAGGCAAUAGGGAAUCAGCAUACUACUUACCAGGAUUAAUAAAAGAUUUGAAACGUUAUUGCUAUGAUUUUCCUCUAUGGACUUGA